AGAACCAUCGCCUAGGCUGCUGUCCCAGGGUUACGAUGCGUCGUGUUGUCCACACCAUACAGCCGUUGAACCUCUGCCGAGGCUGCUAGUAGAUUGGUUCCAUGCUUGAUUAAGUCAUGUGACAUAGGCUACGCACCGCGCCAGCGUCUGAGGGCGAACGUACGCGAUAGUAGUAGUGCACUUAGACGUGACAGGAUAACAUAUUCGCCGUUCUCGCGAAGUAUCCCGACACGACGCUUCCAAAAGUCCCACUUCAAUUGUCCUAUUAUUUCAAAUCCCGUUUUUAAACUUCCACUAGUAUCUGUUUUUUUGCUUGUUCAACAAGCGGGAGCACGGGAUCACAGUCACAUCCCGAGCCAGUCGCACGAGAUGCUGUCCGGUCGCGAUGCCGCACGGGGAGCCCGAGCCCUCCCGCUCCUCCUCCUCCUCCCUCUCCUCCUCCUCUCCUCCGCCCCUCUCUCCCUCGCUCAAUCGGACGGCUACGAUGCGUUCUUGGACUACAUCGAGGGCAUCCUGAACGGCUCGAUUCCCCUGGGGAAAAUCGAUUCCAUUCUUUUCACCCAGGCCAACAGGUACAACCUCGCCCUCAGCAACAGCCUGUCCAAAUACGCCUCCUCCAGUCAGACCCCACCAGUUCCCGCCUCUCGCCCCUCCUCCUCCUCCUCCUCCUCCUCCUCCUCCUCCUCCUCCUCCUCCUCCUCCUCCUCCUCCUCCUCCUCCUCCUCCUCCUCCUCCUCCUCCUCCUCCUCCUCCUCCUCCUCCUCCUCCUCCUCCUCCUCCUCCUCCUCCUCCCCCUCCUCCUCCUCCUCCUCGCGCCCUCUGCUAUCCCCCUCAAGAACCUCCUCACGGUCUACAGUAUCUACAGUGCAUUCAUAUAAAGCUUCUAACUUAUUUCGCUGGUUCCAGGGUAACCGGUUCGUUGGUUACAGCAUCAGCAGCAUCCGGAACAGCGUCCAAUGGCUCAGCAGCAACAGCACUGCCAGCGCUGCCGCCAGGGGAAAGCUUAAAGCCAUUCUGACCUUUUUCCGGCAGCCAAACAUCCCCAAAGCGCUGGGAAGCUCGAGUGCAGCGCUCUUUAUAGCGCCUGAUGCGAGUGUGACUAAGCUGAGCGAGGGCCAGUACCAGAUUCAGGAGCACAGUGAUGACGAAGGGGACGAUGGUAAUGACGACCAUCACCAUCAUGAUGAUUGCUCUGAGCCGAAUGGCAACGUGCGCAUCAUCAAAUACACGUCCCCUCAAAACGUAUCAUACGUGAAAUUUUACGCAAACAGUAAAUGCCUGCCGAAUGUGCAAAAAGUGGAGAUCCGCAAGGCGCAAUACGGGCAAACGGGGCCGCUUGUAAUGGAGGUCCCUGGGUCGUGGAUGCUGAUAGACGACGAUGAGUACGAGGUGAUCAAGCACUCGUUUGUCGCGAAUGCAAGCGCGGUUACGGUUGCUAACGGCCAGGACAUGGAGACAGCAAUAAACUCGAUGACGAAGAAACCUUGGGAGUAUUACGCGCUAUUUACGACGAGCAGUAAGCCAAGUGGGGAUAUGAGGGGCCAGUUUUGGAAGCCGUUUUGCCCCUGGUGUGCCAAUUUCACGUUCACAGGGUCUGGAUAGGAGGAACGUGGAGUGGUAGAAUUGGCGAUGCUAUGCAGUACAAGUUGCACGGAUAUGAGGUGAGGCUCCUGCCAUGGGUGCACCAGGUGAUUGGACAAUGGUCUCUGUGGCCUCUAGUUUUUGCGGCACUCCUUGUGCCAUGUAUUUUUAUGUACCAUGCUUUCAAUUUGUAUAUAAUCGGGCUUAUGUACC